AUGUUUGGAUGGUUUGCCAAAAAGAAAAUACCCGAAUAAUCUGUUUAAGAAGAUGUAAUAGAUGAUAAAGAAUUAGAAAUAAAUGGAAUAGAUCCAGUCGAUUAAAUAGAAGACAUACCUUCAAAAGAAGAGGCACUUACUGAUUUUUCAUGUGAUUAUCCAGGAUAUUUAGUAUUAGAUAAGGAAUAAAUACUUAAUUUAUUUACCAAUUUUAAUGGAUAUUAAUAAACAGAUGAUACAAGACAUGAAUUAGGGCAUAAAAAAGGAGGAAGAAUAUGUGGAGAUAUGGUAAUGUAAGGAAAAUUAAGAUCCAUAAGUAAAGAAGUAAUUAAAUAAAUAGGUAGGAAAAUCUUAACAGGAUCUUUAAAUUUAACUAAAAUAUCAUUCCCAAUAAAAGCUAUGAUUCCAAAAACUGCUUUAGAAACAGCUGUACAUGCAACUUGUCUUUUCCCAUUCUAUUUAAAUAAAGCAGCUAUUGAAAGCGAUCCUUUAGAAAGAUUUAAAUAUGUAAUUGUUACAACCAUUUCAUCAUUUUAUUAUACUAAUACUUUCCUUAAACCAUUAAAUCCUGUUUUAGGAGAAACACUUUAGGCAGAAUUUAGAGAUGGAACUUAAGUAUAUUGUGAGCAAAUUUCUCAUCAUCCUCCUAUAAGUUAUUUCCUUAUUUUUGGACCUAAUAAUUCAUAUAAAUAUUAUGGAAGAUAUGAUUAUGAUGCAAAAGCUGGUUUAAAUUCUUUAAGUAUUUAUAAUAAAGGAUAAAGAUCAAUAAUAUUUAAUGAUGGGUAAAAAAUAGACUUUGAUUUUCCAAAUGAAUAAUAUAGUGGAACAUUAAUAGGUACAUUGAAAUAAGAAAGUAUAGGAAAAAUGGUAUUUUAAGAUAUUUAAAAUGAUUUAAAUUGUGAAAUUUGUUUUGGAAAAGUAAAGAAUAAACCAUCUGAUUAUUUCUAAUCAACAAUUAAUAAAGGCAAACAAUAAAUUUGCUAAAUAUAAGGAACUUAUUUAGGAUAUAUUGAUAUUAAUGAUAAAAGAUAUUUUGAUCAUAGAGAAUUUACACCUAUUGCAGUAUUAUUUAUUCAUAUAUAUUUUUUAAUAUAAUUAAAAUAAAAGAUUGAAAUGAAAAAAAACGAUGAAACAUUAUCAAGUGAUCACAAAAAAAGAAACGAUUUAAUAACUUUAAAAUAAGGUAAUAUUAAAUAAGCUUAAAUAGAGAAAGAAAUUAUUGAAAAAGCAUAAAGAUAUGAUAAUAAUUUAAGAAAAUAAAGAAGAUGA